GUUGCAACAAUAACUUGCACACACACUCUUAAAGUCUUAUUUCCAUUUAUAGAUUUUUUUUUAGUCGAUAUUCUUCUUUUAUAAUAAAUUUUUAUCUGUAAAAAAUAAAUAAAACGGAAGAGAGAGAUCGGAGAGAUUUACAGAGAUUUAAUAACAGAGAGAGAGACACGGCUCAUUCGGCAUUUAGAUAUCAGAGAUUUAGAGAGUAGAGAUCUCUAUAUUCUCACUUUACAUUUCAUCAUUGUGUUUCUGUUCUCUGCUCAGCACAGAGAGAGCCCAAAGCUUGCUAAAGUUCAGCGCGCAAUAAAUUAAUAAUAAUAAUAAUAAUAGUAUCACUUCUUUUCUUUCUCAGUGGAGUUUUGUAUCUUUUCUUCAGACGCUGCUUCAUGCGAUUGGGUUUAAAAUGGCACUGAAAACUAAUUCAGCUGAUAAUAGAACUAGGAGUUCUAUACAAAUCUUUAUAGUUGUUGGGCUAUGCUGUUUCUUCUAUAUACUGGGAGCAUGGCAGAGGAGUGGAUUUGGGAAGGCAGACAACCUUGCUAUGGAGAUCACUAAGAAUACAGGAGAUUGCAAUUUAGUUCCGAGUCUCAAUUUUGAGACCCAUCAUGGUGGUGAAAUUGGUACCAUCAGAGAUUCUGAAUCCAAAGCCAAAGUGUUCGAGCCUUGUAAAGCCCGUUAUACUGACUAUACACCUUGCCAGGAUCAGAGGCGUGCUAUGACUUUCCCUAGAGAAAAUAUGAUGUAUCGAGAGAGGCAUUGCCCUCCGCAGGAAGAGAAGCUGCAUUGUCUGAUCCCAGCACCUGAAGGUUAUGUGACUCCAUUUCCUUGGCCUAAGAGUCGUGACUAUGUACCGUAUGCUAAUGCACCAUAUAAGAGCUUAACAGUUGAGAAGGCUAUUCAGAAUUGGGUCCAAUAUGAGGGCAAUGUAUUUAGAUUUCCAGGUGGAGGAACACAGUUUCCACAAGGGGCAGAUAAGUAUAUUGAUCAGCUAGCUUCAGUGAUACCAAUUGCUAAUGGGACAGUAAGGACUGCACUGGAUACUGGUUGUGGGGUUGCCAGUUGGGGUGCAUACCUUUGGAGCAGAAAUGUCAUUGCCAUGUCAUUUGCACCAAGAGAUUCACAUGAAGCACAGGUUCAAUUUGCUCUUGAAAGAGGUGUACCUGCUGUUAUUGGUGUUCUUGGUACCAUAAAGAUGCCAUAUCCAUCUAGAGCCUUUGAUAUGGCUCACUGCUCUCGUUGUCUCAUCCAAUGGUGGUCAAAUGAGGGAAUGUACAUGAUGGAAGUUGACCGAGUUCUUAGACCUGGUGGUUAUUGGGUGCUUUCUGGACCUCCAAUCAAUUGGAAAACUAAUUACAAAGCAUGGCAGCGUCCCAAGGAGGAACUUCAGGAGGAACAGAGAAAGAUUGAAGAGUUCGCUAAACUUCUUUGCUGGGAGAAGAAGUAUGAACAGGGUGAAAUGGCUGUAUGGCAAAAGAGAGUAAAUGCUGAAUCAUGUGCUAGUAGACAAGACAACUCUCAAGCUACUUUCUGCAAGUCUGCAGAUUCAGAUGAUGUGUGGUACAAAAAAAUGGAGGCAUGCAUUACUCCAUAUCCUGAAGUCGGUAGUCAAGAUGAAGUUGCUGGUGGUGGACUGAAGGCAUUUCCAGACAGACUUUAUGCUGUUCCUCCCAGAGUUUCCAGCGGUUCUAUUCCUGGAGUUUCUGUUGAGACAUACCAGGAGGACAACAAGAAUUGGAAAAAGCAUGCAAGUGCUUAUAAAAAAAUCAAUAGGCUAAUUGACUCCGGAAGGUAUCGCAACAUUAUGGAUAUGAAUGCUGGAUUGGGAGGAUUUGCUGCUGCACUCCAGUCUCCAAAAUUAUGGGUUAUGAAUGUUGUGCCCACUAUAGCUGAGAAAAGCACAUUGGGCGUCAUUUAUGAGAGAGGAUUGAUUGGAAUCUAUCAUGAUUGGUGUGAAGCUUUCUCCACUUACCCAAGGACAUAUGACCUUAUUCAUGCUAAUGGUGUUUUCAGUUUGUACAAGGAAAAAUGUAAUUUUGAGGACAUUCUUCUAGAAAUGGACCGAAUAUUGAGACCAGAAGGUGCAGUUAUAUUCCGCGAUGAAGUAGAUGUGCUAAUUAAAGUGAGGAAAAUAGUAGCAGGAAUGAGAUGGGAUACUAAAAUGGUGGACCAUGAAGAUGGUCCUCUAGUUCCUGAGAAGAUACUAGUUGCGGUCAAGCAGUACUGGGUCACAGGUGGAAACUCCACAUCCGCGCAGUAAAUGGUGAAUAGUGAAAGGUGUGAAACCUUGGAGAAUUGCUUCAGUGCUGCAGGAAAUGCUCAUGUUAUACAAGGCCUGAAAUGAUGUGGUGUUUUAAGCAUAAGCAUCUUUCCUGCAGAGUGAGUUCCCAUUAGCACGGGGAGGAAGGUCCACACGAUAUAAGUUAUAACUAUAAAUUUGGCCAUGUUAUUUUGGAGUUUUAACUAUAAAGAUCGGCCAUGUUGUUUUGUAGUGGUAAUUUAUCAAUGGACCGAUUCCUGUAAGCCCUUAAGACAUUAAUCAUCAAAUUAUUUUUUGGUUCCAUCUUUUAA